AAUUCGUAGUCAAUACAUACUUUUUAACUGUAUGUUAGUUUAAAAAAGAAAAAAAAAGAAGAAAGAAAGUAAAGUCGAGUAGCUCCGUGUAAAUGGAUUUCUGCACCAGCGGUGGAGUGUACUGUAUAUGGGGACCGAAUACACAGCACAGGAUGUCUGCCUUUGGUUAAGAGUGUGCGUCAUGGCUCCAAGGCCGUAACCCGUCACAGAAAGCCCAUGCACAUUCUGAAGCAGAAGCUAAUGGCUGUUACAGAAUACAUUCCACCUAAACCCGCUGCUCCUCCUGGAGCUUUCACACCACGCAUGCAGAAGACUAAAGAGGAAAGUGGCCUGGAGAGGCUGUUAAAGAGAGACCUGGAGUCUGUCUUUAGUGAGAGUAAGAUGAUUGCUGUGCUCCAAAACAAUGCCACCAAUGCUGAGGACAUGUUGCUGCUGAAGCACAGGCUUAGAAAACAUGACAUCACCAUAAAAUUUUUCCCCAACCAGGUAAUGAGAUCCUUUCUUCCCAGCAGUCCAUAUAGCAACAUGCAGCCUUUGUUCAUUGGACAAACUGUGUUGUUUGUCAGCAAAGAACCAAAAGUGAAGGAAAUGUUACAAGUGUUAAGGAGUAGUCCUCAGAUGUUACUCUUAGGUGCUUGUAUUGAGAACACACUACUCUCACGAGAAGGAAUUCUUAACUACUCCAAGCUUCCGACCAUGCAUACGGUCCAUGGUGAGCUGGUUGGAGGCUUGACCUUGAUGACUUCACACACUGUUUCAAUGCUGCAUCGGCACCCUGCGUACCUCUCAGCUCUCCUCCAGCAGUACAUUAAACAGCAGCAGCCUGCAGACAGUGCCGAGCUCGAGGCAGCACCUAAAACUGAGGAAUCAGCAGCCUGAAUUGAAUUAUUUGUUAUCUGAGAGGCUGAAGAAAUUUCACAUCCAUAAUCAUGAACUCUGUGUGGACUCUGAGAACGAACAUUAAUACUGUGUUAACAUACAUAUGUCAUGUAUUUAUGGACUGAUCAGUGGAAUACUCAACAUAAAGAGAUAAUUAAAAUGUCAGAUUUAUCAACA